GUGCUUUCUCGAAUUACCCCUAAUCUUCUUCUUCUUCCUCAUCUUCAUCACUGAGAAACGGUCACCGAGUUAACUCCGAGCUCCGAACUCCGCCCUACCAUGACGCUUUCUCACUAUCCAGUCGUGGUGCCCGUUGAAAGAACUUCAAUUCACGCCAAAACUCCAAUUCCGGCUUCGUCUGCUUCCGAAUUUCUGUUUUCUGCGCCUUUCUCUUCUGCUUCUCUCAGUUUCACCCCCAAAGCUCGCAAAAUCUCAUUCUUCUCCAACUACACUCGGCUUCGGCACAAAACAAGGGCUCAGCCACAAGAGGCUGAUGUGAGCUCCGGUGAAGAUGCUUUUACUGGUUUCAAGCAUUUGCUCCUCCCAAUCACAGACCGAAAUCCUUAUCUCUCCGAGGGAACAAGACAGGCCGUGGCAACAACUGCUUCCUUGGCCAAGAAGUAUGGGGCCGACAUUACUGUCGUGGUUAUCGAUGAACAACAGAAAGAAACAUUGCCAGAGCAUGAAACCCAGCUCUCUAGCAUCCGGUGGCAUCUCUCUGAAGGUGGAUUCCAGGAAUUCCGAUUGUUAGAGCAACUCGGGGCGGGGAAGAAGCCGACUGCAAUCAUCGGUGAGGUUGCUGAUGACCUAAAUUUGGAUUUGGUUGUUAUAAGCAUGGAAGCCAUUCACUCCAAGCAUGUGGAUGCGAACCUACUUGCCGAAUUCAUUCCUUGCCCCGUCAUUCUUUUGCCUUUGUAAAUUGUUUGCGGCAUUCCGAAACCCAAAGGAUCUAAGUUGUGGCAUCUUUGAGAUCUAUUUCUUUAUUCAGACGAAAAAAGAACCAACCGUUUUUCAAGAUACCCUUGUUUGUUGGAGAGCUUGUAAAUUUCCUGAAAAACCAUGUGUGUUAAGACUCGUGCUGAUCAAUAUAGAACUUAUUUUCGCU